AUGCCUCGAUCCAAGUCCAGCGACUCGUUGGAUCAACUCUCGCUCUCGCCUUCCUCGUCCUCGGACGAUCAAUCGCUCGAUGUACAGCGUUCGGCGCGGCGGCGAGACGCGAUCCCCCCGCUGCGCUCAGCUAGAAGAGCCGCACGCGCGAAAUCGUCGUCCGCGGCAGCAUCCAAGCAGCGAGGUCACGGUGGCGGUCGUCGAUUCCCGUCGGAGGAUGAAGACUCCUCAAUCACCCGCGAACGCGCAUUGUCGGACGGAUCUAAAGGGCCGAAGGAAGCCCCCGUGUCCAGUGACGAGGAUGUCCGACCGAGAUCGCUGUCAGAUUCAGGCUCAGGCUCUUCGGCGUCGACCAAUGUCAGUAGGAGAACGAAGAAGUCUGCGCGUCCUCGCCACUUCGAAGGCAAGUUCGAGAACCGUCGGGGCCAGUCGCUCUUGUACUUCUCGCUGUUCCCGCCGGAGAAGAAGGCGCUGCGGGGUAUCAUUUUGUAUCUGCACGGCAUGGGCGACCACUGCCGCCGCAACACGACGCUCUACGAACGCUACUGCAAGGAAGGCUUCGGCGUGAUCACGUACGACCUGCUGAACCACGGCGCGAGCGACUACGACGAGUUCAACACACGCGCGCACAUCAGCAACUUCGACGACUUCGUGGACGACACGAACGACUUUGUCACGUUCGCCAAGGCCAACAUCUACAAGGUCGCGCUUCGGUAUUGGCGGAAGCACCUCAAGCCUCGCCACCCGCACGGAAGGGGGAAGAAGCGAGACGCACCGCCGGAACUGCCGCUGAUCAUCUCGGGCACUUCGUAUGGAGCGCUCAUCGGUCUUCACACGGUGCUUUCGGGCGUACACAAGUUCCACGCCGCGGUGUGGGCCUCGCCGUCCAUUGGCGUGACGUGGACUCCAGUGCUGUGGGCACAGUGGAAGGUGCAGCGCGCCCUGGUCGCAGCCUUCCCGACGGCGAAGGUGAUCCCUGCCGUCCAGCACAACCUGCGGAGUCGAGACCCCGAGUUCCUGAAGAGAUUCCAAGAGGACCCAUUGACCAGCAGUAACAUGAUGACACCGCGCAGUGGCCACCAAUCUCUCACCGCCAUGAUGCGGCUUCAGGAUGACACGAGAGUCGCAGACCCGGAUAGUCGCUUCUGCCACAUCCCGAUGCUGUUCAUGGCCGGAUCCGACGACCGCGUGUCCGACCAGCAGGCGUCCAUGAGGUUCUACGCCCGAGUGGGGAGCUUCGACAAGGAGUUCAAGCUCUUUGACGGCCUCUACCACAUGAUCUACGAGGAGCCUGAGAAGGAGGAGGUGCUCAAGUACAUGGUCAACUGGCUGCACAAGAGGUUCCCGCUCGAGACCCGGCACCCGAACGAGUCUCAUAUCAACGCAGUCAAGAAGCUGGAGCCGUCGGUGCGGUCUUACAACUACGUGAAGGCUGAGCGAACGGAAUUGUAG